AGCGACACCACGCAAGUUUAACCUAUAAAGUUGUGAAAUAAUUGUGACAUAAACUGCGAUAAGUUGAACGUUCUGUGUCUGUUACUUGGAUUGCAUAACAAGGAUUUUGGAGGAUCGUGUAAAGUGUUUGUGAAAAUUCACGUGCAAGAAAACCCAGUGUUUAAAAUUUGUGAUAAAUUGGAACUGAAAAGCAUCAAUCUGUCUAACAAAAUGUACAAGGAUUCAGUUGUUCCCGUAAAAUCUGAAAGCUUCAGCGGCAUGGCUGCCAAAAGCCCAAUAAGUCAAUGCAUCAAAACGGUGCUGCGACGAGCGUGUGCAGAGAAAAGGCUGACUGUCGGCCUUCUGCCUGCCAUCCAGUACCUCUCCCAGUCUAACAACAGUGCGCUCUUCUGCUUAACUGCAGAGGCGCCCCCUGGAGACAGCGCCACUCACAUGCAAGAAGUGCUCCUACAGGCAUUCUGCGAUGAAAACGAUAUCUACGUCAUUAAGGUUGACUCCGAAGCUAAAUUAAGAAGCAUGCUUGGCUGUCGUACAUCCACAAUGGACUUCGGCUGUCUCCUCAUUCACUACCCGUAUACAGACCCGUUUAGUGACUCCCAAGAAUUUGAUCUAUCAGCACUGUCAGAUGCAGAGAGAGAUCUCAUCGAACACUGUGAGAUGAAUUGGGGACACACACAAGCCCCGGUGAUCAAGUUGCCGGAGAAGUGAAAACCCCGAGAACUUGGAAUCAUGUAUAUGAGAAAAAAAAAUACGACCACUAAUUAAGGUCCUUUGCCGACUCGGCCAAUUUGGGAGCGGCUUCGGCGUUUAGCGCCAUCUUUUGUCUAAUAGCUACAGUUGCAUCCGCUAGAGGAUUUUCUAUUGUAUCUAUAAUACGAUUACCUUGUAAUUACUGUUGUGAAUUCGAGUUUAAACUUGUUGUACAGCCUGAAAAGUAAUUUCUUGUAGAAUUAUAGAUACUUGUAUGUAAGCGACUGACUUGGGCAAUUCUGCCAAAAUGUGCAAGAGAUGAUCUCUUUGUAAAUUGUAUAUUGUUGUUGAUAAUUGCCAUUUUGGCUUGAUCUAGAUACUACUUUCAAGAAGUGUGUAAAAAAUGUCUACUUAAAAAGGUAUUUGAAGAGUUCGAGAGGAGAAUAUAUUGUUGGAUUUUAUACUUUUUUAAAUGUGAAUAUGAUGAAGUGAACAUUUACUAGAAUAAAUAUCUUGUUAUAAUGAAA